ACAAGAAACAGAACCGUGGUAAAGCCAAAGUUGACGAGUCCGCAUCAGCCGCUGACCGACAACCGCCUGCUUUCAUUCGCUACCUGAGGGUCCUCGGAACGUAGGGGGUUAAGCGAAUCUGUCUCAUUGGAGUGACGGAUUCGCCGGUGAAGAAGCGAUCUAAGCACGGCAAUGCCAAUGCCGCGACUGCAAGCGACCCUAGUGCCGGCGACAACGGCGUAGACAAUGCCCAACUGACGCUGGACAAGGCGGACGAUGUCAACAGUGGUGAAGACGCUUACUGCGACUCCGACGGACUCGAGGCAGCAGACGCGGUGGACGACGCAACGGGUGUGGAUCCUGCGACGCAAGGUGUCGCGCCUAUGAAACAGCGCUAGACAGAUGACGAGCUCGCAGACCUCGCGGCCGCGAUUUGGAGCGCCAAAGAAGACUUCGAUGCGCUAAAAGGGAAGCAGGGGGCACAACCAUGGAAAAAACUUCGCUGCGUUCUACAUACCGCCAAUCCUGAGUGGUGUUGCCCAUCAUACGCAAUGUCGAAGCAAUGGAAGCCCAUGCAUGCAAUGUUCCUCGACAUAGAAAAGACGGACGGCAAGUUGUGUGCCAAGCCCAUGCCUAAGCCGGAAUGGUAUGAGCAUGCUUGGAACUACUGGCGGAGUGGCCGUGCACUGAAAACCCAAGUGCUCGACGAAGGCGGCGCACGGGCUGUAGACGCAGGAACAUCAACUGACCGUGGUCACUCGUCCGCGACCCCAAUUCCCCCCCCUUCGACUUCGACGCAGCCGAACACCGAAGGAUGUCCGUGUAAAUACUCUGAUUGGCAUUCAGAAUCAGGCAUACAUAAACAAGUGCAAAGCAUGUGGGAUUUGAACUAGAGAAAAUAUGCCCACACUUGACACCUCGCCUGCACCAUGCUGUUCCCUUUUCAACCCCCCCCCGCUCACCUACCCCCAGCGACCACCGUGACCCCAGCAAGCAUCCCCUCUCGGAAGAAGGCGGUGGAGUUGCCCGAGUUCGCCGAGCACGUGCUCGUGGCCGACACGAUGACGAAGUUUGCGCAGGAGCGGACGGAUCGACAAGGGGCGGCGUUAGACCGACUGGUCGCCGUGCUUGAGCUCUUCGCUCCCCUGGCCGCUGGUGCGUACACCAGUGUGCCGGCACCUGCGCCGGCGCCCGCACCCGUCCCAGCGCCUGCAUCAUCAGCGACGACAGGAACGCGCAGUGGGCCCCGGGGAGUCGAGUCACUGCUGGCAGCACCAGUCCUCCACGCCGUAUGCCGCAGCCCCAGCAUGCGCCGCCAAUCCCGCCAUGGUAUACAGGCCCAUCAGUCGCCGCACCCCACCCCUAUAAGUUUGCGUAGUUUAGAGGCAUGGCGUAUCCGCACGCGUCGACCUCGUCUCAGCAGGCGGACGGGGAGGAUAGUGGCCCGGCGCGACAACUGUAUCCCCACUCUGCACCUGCUGCUCUUGCCCAUGCUACCGUCGUUAUGGGGCCGGGCGGCAAUUGGUACUUCACUGCUCCCCCGUUUGUUGGUCACUCCCCUCAUGCCGCAUAAGCCAGGCAUGAAUCGCCUCGCCGAAGUUGCGACGACGGUCGACGGGUGUGUCCCGCGUCAGCGAGUCGACCGAGGGCCACACAUACGCACGCAUCCCCGCUCGCUCCCACCACCGGUUCAAGUCACGUGUCGUGCCGUCGAGCCACCAUCCGCGAUUUGACUUGCGGCACGUCGGCUGGCCCUUGAUCAUGUUAUGGAGGACCACAGCACACCCCGCUCCCGCGCACACUCGCCACAAUCUAGCCCCGUGGCAUGACGCAAAUAUCCUCCACUGACCCUUGAAUAAGCCCAUGGCCCGUUCGACGGCCAUGCGUGAUGAAGACUCGACAUAAUUGAAGCUCUGCUCCCAUCCCACUAGAAUUCUUGCUUUGCUUGCAUGGAUAGGAACUAGGCAAUAUUUCCUAAGAGGGUAGGCAGCAUCUCGUAGUAUCUGGUACGGGUCUAUGUCCACGUGUUCCAUCCUGUUGUACAAUGCAC